UAGUACCCGGCACGGUGCCGAAGUACCGGACAGAGCUAGCUCGUCCGCAACGCUGUGUUCGUCUAGCAACGAGUCGGUCCACCUAGGACACGAUCCACGUUCACCUGCUUCCUUCGACCGAACCUAUCGAACGCAUCAUCACCCGCUCGAACGUUCUUCCUGAACUCGUUGCGAACAACCCAUCCACCCGGCCGAAUCAAAUCACUGCACCGUCGAACACGAGUUACCGGCGGAUCAACGAGAGGCCGCUUUCCCGCGCUCCGUAUCUACACUCGGUUUUCACCUGUUAACCGAGCCAUCGCGCUCUUCUUCUUUUCUCAGAAGCUUGCGUCCAGGUAUACCUCUGCACAAAUGAUGAAAGGUCGGCAUCAAUUUCGUCGUCGUUUCAGUCUACAACCGUCGUCGUUGAAAGAGGGCCAGGAAGAUGGAACGACGAAAAACAUUAGAAAUGAGAGACUGUCAGAGUCAGACAGCGGCGGUGGAAAACAGGUGGAGAGUUCCAUACGACACAAGAUCGUGGUGAUGGGCGCCGCGAAAGUUGGCAAAUCCGCGAUAAUUAACCAGUUCCUCUACAACACAUUCACGCCAAAGUACAAACGAACGGUAGAAGAGAUGCAUCACGGUGAUUUCAACGUUUCCGGGAUACAUUUGACGCUCGACAUCCUGGACACCUCAGGCUCGUACGAGUUUCCGGCUAUGAGAGACCUAUCCAUCAAGUCUGCGGACGCGUUUAUUCUCGUUUACGAUAUUCACGAUGCUAACACGUUCCUUGAGGUGAAGACUCUGAGAACACAGAUCCUAAACACCAAAGGCGCCGUGCCCAUUGUUGUCGUUGGCAAUAAAGUCGACGUGACCGACUCGGCACAAGAGGUGGACACAGACAGCACGAGAGAACUAGUGAUCAUGAAAUGGGAGAACGGCUUCGUAGAAGUGUCUGCCAAGGAGAACCUGAACAUUUCGCAGGUGUUUAAGGAACUACUGAUACAAGCGAAACUGAAAUACAACUUGAGCCCAGCGUUGAGACGUCGUCGCCGGCAAUCAUUGCCGCCACCGCAGCAUUUGAAUUCCCGUAGCAGCAGCGCUCACGUUCCAUCGCCGGCGCAGCUACAGCAUUUGCAGCAGAUCCGUGAACGUUCCGAGUCCAAGAGGAAUUCCUGUAUUCUAUCGUAAAGAGCCUCUCGUCGCUACUGAUCCAAAAGCUGAUCUAAAAGAGAAAGGGUGAGGGAAUCGAAAGAGCGAGGGCAAAGCUAUGCCGCGACGAUUCUAUUAGCGAUUCCGUUCACUGUGAUCGAUCGAUGUUUCCCGCUCGACGUUCCGACGUCUCCGUACGACACGUUCGACACGCUUCGGAUCGAUCGUCGAAUGGCGGAUCGAAAGAAUUACACGGCUAAAGAUGUCGUAGACGAAAAGAUAAAGGCAAACGUUUAGCCAAGGAAAUUCAGCAUUAGCGGUAAUUUCUUCUUUUUCAUUGGCUGAGGAUUCGAUAUCGUUAAGAUUAUCGAAAGCUAAAACAAAGUAACAUAGUUUCCGAGUUAAAGAUUCCGCCUACAAUUUCAAGUUGAAAAUGGAGAACACUUGUCUUAGAAAUGGCCUCUAUUCGAUUGGAAACUUUAUAAUUCUCGUACGGUUAUCGUACCGUUCGUGAUUUUCGUAGUCCGACCUUGAAACAUUUAGGUAGCAAAUUUUCUUAAAGAAACGAGUUUCGAUUAUUCCAUGUUUAUCGUUCGACAAUUCGAUGUGCGUAGCGCGAGUCAACGUACUUGAUGUGUCUCUAUUUCGCCUCCGAUUAGAAGAUAUAUCCCGAAAAAUUUGAAGCUCUUGUUCCAAGGUAGAAGAAAACACCACGAAGAGAUCAAUGAAACACUCUGCGAUUAAGCUGACAGCGAUAAUUAUUCCUUGUGACAUAGUCGGUUCGGUUCUCAUUCGCAAUCGAGAAAAGAAAGAUCCUUAUUCUCCUUUCUCGAUGCAAAAUGAUUUUAAAGAUUUUAUUCGACGUUGCUGAUCGAUAAAAUGUAAACUGAUCCAAACGGCAUAUAUGCCGUUGUUAACAUAAUUAUUCCGAAUUAUCAAACAGUAGAAUUCCAUUUUUACAAAUAUAUCAAAGUAUCUUACAAAGGUAUCCUAUUUCAGGGUUGUUUCCCACUGCCCACUCACUAUCUUAUUAUCCACUUACGGACACGUACAACGGCCAAACAAUAUUUUAUAAAGCAUUAUUGGCUAGUCGAUUAAUCUUACAUCAAGCACUUGCCUACGCUGUUCUUUAUACCAUAUAUAUCGUUUAAUUAAAGAGGUUAAUUUCCAUAUACAUAUAUAUACAUAUAAUUUCCAUUUCCAUAUACAUACAUACAUAUAUAUAUAUAUAUACACAUAUUUGAUCUAUGGAUUAUAAAGUUUGCGAAUAUGUCGCGAUAGAAGAAACGUUCUAUUCGUUAUUUACGACAUAUAGACACUUCUAACGAGACGUAUUGGAAAAACGGAAUAUCGACUUAUUUGUCAAUUACGAUGAGCGUGAACUUAUUGUACACGAUUGCCUUGCCUAGAAUCUGAGUUACCGUGAGUACAAUAAUGUUCAGGUGAAACGAACAACCACGUACAAAUUCUGAUCGAUUGCAGAUAGCUUUUUAAGUAGUAUCGUUGUACUUGGUAAAAUUGCUAAUAACGAGAAAGUAGCGUGUACGAUUUCUGUUUACUUAAUUAGGUAACAGAGAUAGAGGUGUCUAUAAAUUUUAAAGGGAAUACUAUGCAACGAUCAUUGAUUUUAAGAUUAGAUGCAAAAGUUUAUUACUUCGCGUUAUCGCAUGAUACAUAAAUUUAUCGUUUGUGAAAAACGUUUGUCACGUGUGUCACGUUUUCGAAUCUAUUAUUCAGAUACAAAACCAAUACAUAUACGUUAGUGUAAAUGUAGAAAGUCUAUGUAAAUAACAGAGCAUUGUGAUGUGGAUAUCUCGUUGAAACGAAACCCACAUUGGGUAUAAUUUUACAUAGGUAUAUCGUAAUUAAGUAGCCGCGGGUCAGCACGUAAUUUAACGCGUUCAACGAUUAUGAAAUAUCGCACAUCACGAUAAGAGGAUAAUUUAUUUGAAUGUAAAACAGUUCCAGAUCAAAGCUAUUUAAUCGCUCCAAAAUUAUCUAUUAUAGACGAAAUCCUUUGCUGAAAUCAUGUAUUUGCCUGACCUGUGCAAUCGCAUUAUUUCGUGUUACUUAGAUUAAUGUUAGACCAAUCGGUUUAAUAAAUGAAAUCUUAUCAUCACACUAUGGAAAUCUAAAGAAUUUUACGACGCGUACAAUAAAUCUACGUUAUAUGGAGUUUCUGAGCAAACUGCGCUUAACACGACUGUAACUAUUUUUAGCGUAGAUGUGGAAAAAAUAUGUGGUAACAAAUUAUUAAGUAGUCUAAGCCCUUGACUUUAUAUCAUUGUGUUACCAGAAAUUAAAUAAAAGAUGGAUGUCAUAUUUA